GCUUGCGUAGUUGCAUUUCACUUCAUCCUAGACGAAAAGUGCUUUGAGAACGAUGUUCCAUCUCUGUUUUUCAACACUUCUUGACAGAAGCUUAAUUGCUUAGACAUAGAUCACAAACGGGGAUAAAACAGUUUUCGAUUCCUUCUCGUAAAGAUUAGCAUAGAAUGGUGAAAAAUGUGGUGUUCUUGAAUCGAAACUAGCCUUACUGUCCCUUACAAUCGCGUUGCGUCGAGUGAAAUCUCCUCUGCAUGUAUUUUUCGACAAUCCUGAAAGCUUUGAAAAUGAUUUAUCAGCUAUUUUGGUUCCUUACGACAUGUCUCACAUUUCUGUUCAAUGCACUCUGGCUUUGCUGCAAUUUUGCCUCGAUCGGAAUCCCCUGGCUCAUGCUGCUGUUUUUCCUAGUUUGCAUAGCUUCGAAAUUUGUAAAGCUCAGAUGUCCUGCCAGCGAAAUUGUACAAUCCAUGCUGCAUCGGAGUGAAAAAGGUGUAGGAUCGGAAGUGCUGUACUGGCCAAUAGUUAGCAGGGGUGGGGCUUUCGAUGCACCGGAGAACUCUCUCGCAGCCAUAAAUCAUUGUCUGUCCCAAAAAUGCUACAAUAUAUUGCUAGAUCUGAACAUCACUAGCGAUGGGCAUCUGGUUGUGCUGAAUCGAACAACCUUGGAGAAAGCCAACAUAAAUGAACCGAUUAAUAAGCUGAAGCUUAGUGAUUUGGAAUAUUUCAAUAUUGCAGAACAUCAUCCACUAGGGCAACAUUUUCAAUCCGAAAAAAUAAUCACGUUUGAAAGAUUACUCAAACUGUUGGAAACCAACGAGCUGACUGUAUUUUUGCUAGCAUCACAUACCAGUGCCAAACUGAUUGAACUUGUGCGGGAGGCAAUUGGAAACAAUUCUUUCUUCAUCAAACGCAUCGUAUUCUGCUGCUCAUCGCCGAUCUCGAUUUAUCAGCUGCGUCAACACUGUCCAGAUCUUGUUUGCGGAUUAUGGAUGGAAAAGUCAUGUCUCUCGCGCACUCAGCAAUAUCUUAACACAUCUACGAUUUUGAUGUCAGUCUACGGUGCAAUCUUUCGUAACAUAAUAUCCCCGGUAAUCGGAAUCAGCUUGGUAUUCAUUCACAAGGACGAGUUCAAUGCGCAAAUUUCAAGCUUAUGGCACAAUGUAGGCGUCCGACCGAUAGUAUACACGAUCAACUCGCCGAACGAAAAGCGAUACUUUCAGCAAGUAACGAAAACCCAAUAUCUAACGGAUUCUCUACGAUCGGAGCCGCAGGUGAUCUUUCGAGGGAAACGUAAGUAAAUGCAACUUUUUGGUGUACAAAAAGUAGCGUCAUCGAGUCAUACUAGUGUAGUUGAUGUGGCUAAAUCAUCAGCGUGAGAAACAGAGUGUAGGUAUUUCAUCAUUUCUAGCGGCCAUCUCAAUUUAUGCAUUUAUGAAAGCUUUACAGAGUUUUGAGUUCCUUUAUAUGCAGCCCAAUGAGUUUUGUUUUGCAAAAUGUAUAUUUAUUAUUUUAAAUUUAAGUUUUCUAAAACUAUUUAUUAUACACGGUAUUGCCGAAAGGUUUUCCGAACCAUCUAGUGAAGGUUAAACACCUGUGUGAAUCAAAAGAAGAUCUCAUCUUCAUCUAUUCUUCAUUGUCAUAUGUAAUCAAUCGAAACCGUACUAUACUCAUCCGGAUUAGAAUUUCGAGUACAUUUACAAAUCGAAAAAGUUUAGAUUUCAAGAUUUGAUUUGUCCACUGUGCAGCAAACAUAUUGAAAUGCUAUUAUUUUUCAAGCUGUCAAUUUAUACAUUUGUUUUGUAUCAAAAUAUAUGAAUAAAACGAUUUACAAAGCUGUAA